CUUUUUGUACUUUCAGGACCCCAGUGGGGCUAUGGGAAGUCCAGAAAUCUCAGUAAGUAUGUGUGGGGGAAAUAUACAUAAAAUUCAUGAGUUCAAACUCACCCAAUAUGAUUAAAAAAUAUGCCCUGAACAUGCCCUUUUGAUCAGUUGGUGAAGUGUAUUGCGUUACAUAGCGUUACGUAGUGUUACCAUUGUGAGGACACUUCCCAUAACUCAGUCAGUCGCGUCGUAAAUCUAUUUUUCUAAGUAAAGUUAAAAAAAAAUUACGAGUGUUGAAUGGUAAAUAUACUAUCUUGGUUAUUGAAUAGAAGACAGUUGAAUGAGAGCAAUGAGAGGAAUCACGUGACCAAUGAAUACCCUAGUUGGUUCUAUAACAAAGCUGUUUUUUUCUUUCUUUCUUUCCCAGCACUUGGCCCCACUGAUUGGUAUAAGAUCGCUCCCCAGUGCGCAGGUACGGCCCAGUCCCCCAUCGACCUUGACUGUUAUUCAUUGAAAAGCAACAUAUGGGAGGAAAAUCUAGCAAUCGAUUUUGAUAACGAGGGUGGUCUUGUAAUUGGAUCAUUUACCAAUAAUGGCCAUUCCCCUACCCUUGCAAUUGAAAAAUCUCUCGGAUCUGCCACCCUCAGUGGGGGUCCUGUGGGGGAUACUGUGUUCCAACUGGAGCAAUUUCACUUCCACUUUGGAUGUUCAUCAUUCCAAGGCUCAGAGCACACAGUAUCUGGAAGUUCAUAUCCUGUUGAGGUAUUCCUUGUUUGUUGUUUCGAAAUUAAAAUUGAGUUUUUAACUUUUUUAUGUCAUUGUCCCUCAUCAAUAUUUGUAAUUGUUAUCAUUAUGCAUUUUUUCUUUUUUGUGUCGAGCUAAGAUUUCUGAGGAGUACUUAAAUUUACAUCCUCGAGAACCUAGGAACCUCUCAUUAAGGACGGCUCUACUUAGGUCACACUUUUCCCAGUCCAACUGUUUCCCCAAAAUACUAAUAUUUCACAAAAUUUUCCUCAAAAUAUAGCCAUAAUUUUCAAAAGGGAGAAUUUUUUUGCGAAAGUCAGCCGACCAGACUAGUUCAAAAACUAUUGUAAAUCACAAAGAUCGAUCGGUAAUUUUUCUGCUUCACUAAAACAGACACUGUUGUAAAUCCGUCCACAAAUCAUAGCGUAGAUGAUUUUUAAAUGAUUAUUUCCAGGCACACUUCGUGUUUUAUAACACAAGUUACACAGAUUUUGCAAGGGCCGCUGAUAAGGCUGAUGGACUCGCCGUGGUUGGUGCUUUUUUUGAGGUACAAUAUUUGCUGCCCCAAGAGAUAGCAGUCUCCAUGCUUAUGUGUUAGAAAUAAUUUGCUAUAUUUGUUGGUGACACAUUCACCUGUCAAUUCUAAAAGACUUUUCUUAUCACAUGUAAAAGUAAAAAGUAAAGCCUUUAUACAGGCCCAAAUGGCCCAUGGGGCCGGCGCUUAAAUCCGGUUUCAUCAGCGUGAAGCGGCUAGGACUUUUGCAACUCCCCCUGAAUGGGAUGCUAGUCCAUCGCAGGGCUUACCCCCAGCAUGGUACCCAUUUGUACAAAGUAAAGUGUCUUGCCUAAGAACACAACACAAUGACCACGGGCAGGGCUCGAAUCCGGACCACUUGAUCCGCAGUCGAGCGCACAAACCAUGAGGCCACCGCGCCUCCACUUAUCACAUGUAUAUGUUUGUUUCUUUGAUUUUAGCUGGGUUCGGAGCCGAAUGGAAUUUUAAGCAGAUUGCAAAGCAAGUUUGAAAUAAUCGUCGCAGAAGGUAUCUCUUGGAAUUCGCUAUACAAUGAUAUUGCCACAGAUUGAUUAAAAAACUACACAAGGCACGCACUCACGGAAAUUAAAAUUUUCAGUGAAGACAAGUAAAACACUCUUAAACUCUUACAAAUUCCUUAAGAUAUCACGCCUACUUUGUUUGUCACAAUUAUUUCAAAAAAAUCGUAAAUUCUUCAUAAACACUCGAGGUUUUUCUAAAUGGAUGUAAAAUUCUCGAGUGUUAGGCAAAACAACGCCCAUCAUCAAAAAAUUUACUUACAGUUCAUUUUUCUGGUAACUACAUUGUAAUUACAGGGAGAAGUGUCCCAGUGGUAGAAACAGACAAAAUUUUUUUGAAAGAUCUGGUACCUGCAUUUAACAAUGGUUCGCCUUACUACACUUACCAAGGAUCCCUUACCACCCCUCCCUGCUUCGAAUCUGUACGAUGGAUUUUGUUGUCAGAAACUGCACCAUUUAGUCCAUCCCAGGUCAGUAGGGGUUAUAUCACUGUAAUUGCUUUAGUGUGCACACGCAAUGCUAAAAAAAAUUUUAAAAAAUUUGAUUUAAAAAAGAUUAAUGAAAUUAGUUUAAAUUUCGCUUUGGGGAUUAACAGCUAUUAACCAAAAUGCAUGAGGUGGCUGGUAGUACGUGGAUAUUUACCGAGCCCCGAGAAGGUGAGAUAAAUAUUCACCGUUAGCCUCGGACGCUGAGGGGAAUAGUAGUUUUAUUUUAUACAAGAACAAUGAGAUAAUAUAGCACAAAAAUAUAAUCUUAAAGAAAUUUAUUCCUGUAACGAUUACAAUAUUUACGGUCGUAAAUCCUAUACGAGUCGCUUGAUGGUAAAUAGAAAAGGAUAUUCGGGGUUUGUGUAGCCAAUCAGUGCGCGCCCUCAAUGCUUGGUGGUAAAUAGCGAAGGAUUUUCGGGGUUUGUGUAGCCAAUCAGUGCGCGCCCUCACUACUUGAUGGUAAAUAGCAAAGGAUAUUCGGGGUUUGUGUAGCCAAUCAGAGCGCGCCUUCAAUUUAGUAAUUUAAACCAGCUUGGGCAGCCUUGGUUGAGGAUUGUUUCAUCAAAGGAGAUAUAGAAUUAACUCAAGAGCUAAUAGGGAUAUUAAUUACCAUGCGGACGGGUCUGAGUGAGGAGCUUUGCAUGUCUCCCGACUUGAAUAUUUAAGGUUUCAGAGCUACCUCGUAUUUAUUCACAUUUUCAAUCAUUUCAGCUUAUAAUGUUCAAUCGGCUCCAGUCUUCCACUGGUUACGGUGAUGGAAAGAUGUGCAACAACUUCAGACCAGUACAACCAAGGAAAGGGAGAGAUGUGUUCCUGAUUUAUUGA